AUGGAAGAGUUUAUCAUGGAUCCUGAACCUGCUGAAUUUGCAAAGAGGCCAUUGUAUGCCUACCGCCAAGCGACUAAAUUCACUGGAAUACAAGCCAUCUUAGGUUGUACAAUAACAGCAAAAAGGGUUCAUUUGAUUGAUCUUGCUAUAAAAAGUGGAUCACACUGGACAACGUUUAUGCAAGUUGUUGCUGAUCGAGAUGAAUGCCCACUGGAGCAUCUCAAAAUAAGUGCUGUUGGAAGAUCUAAAAAGAUGAUGGAAGAUGUAGGGAGGAGAUUGUCAGCUUUUGCUGCUGAGACAUUAGCAAAUGUAUCUUUUUGCUUCAGAACAGUUGUUUCAGACUUGAAGAAUCUUAAGACAGAUUUGUUCGAUGUAGAGGCUGAUGAAGUCGUUGCAUUUUACUCAGAUACAAUUCUUUGGACUAUGUUAGCUUGGCCUAAUGAACUUGAAUCUACGAUGGAGGUUAUUAGAAGCCUUAACCCUUGCAUAAUGGUGGUCAUUGAACCAGUAGCAAACACAAAUUUACCAAAUUUUAUAGAUUCUUUAGACGAGUCUUUAGCUUACUUCAGUGCUGUUGCUGAUUGUUUUGACGUUCACCACAAGGGUGUAGCAAUAUCUGGAGGAUUUUACAUACAAAAAAUCAUCAGAAGUAUGAAAACAUAUCACGGAGAAGAGACUGUUCCCCGCCAUGGUAAUCUUAAAGUGUGGAGGGACUUGUUUGCCAGGUUCCAUAUGGCGGAAACAGAACUGAGCCACUCAUCCUUGUGCCAAGCAAGUUUACUGUUUGAGCUGCCCAAAUUCCGCGGAUUGUGCACCUUUGAGCUGGAUAGAAAAUGGCUAGUUAUCAGUUGGAAAGGAACCCCAAUUAUCUCUGCUUCUGCCUGGAAGUUUCAAUAA